UUCAUUUCCAUUAUGCAGCUGUGGUUAUACUUGCCUCUGUGUUUUGCACUACCUCAAGUCAUAUAUGCAGCCAGAAAAAGCAAAGGUGGCAAAGGCCAAAAGGCGUCUAAAGAACAUGCCAAACCAAGCAAUUUGAAGAAGCAAGUUACAACUAUCGGAGACUUAUUCCCUUACAUACUUCCUUCCGAAGUAGAGCUCAGACACUCACCGCCAAUGAAAACAACCUUGUAUCACCCGGGAUACGCUUCUUAUUAUGAUCAAAUAAAAACACCAGAAGAUGGCACAGGUUUUGAUCUAAUCUUUGCAGGACAAGAUUGCUUAGCAAUAUACGUUUGCAUUAUGUCUGCUGCGGAAAGGACAUCGUCUGGAUUAUCAGGCCUAAACUUUCAGAAGGCAUGCGCUGAAUCGUUACGAUUUAUACCCAUGGAACAAACGCUCUAUCAUGUGAAAGGAGGUGAUGCAAAGCCUUAUGCGUUUGCGACAUCAAGCGUGGGGUUCACCCAGGUGGAAGGAGAAGAAGAUGUGUACGAAAUUGAUGUUCUCAGCGAUUUUGACAAUGAAAAUAUAGCAGAUCAACAAAAGCUUCCAAUUAAGAUUUCAUUGAAAGAAAAAUCAGUUUUGGUGCUAACCAACAGCCCGUAUUGUCACGCAGUUUUCUGCAAUGAUGAUCAAGCGUACUACAGAAAAAUUGUCAAAACAGACCCCGCUACUGAUCUGUCUAAAUUCUAUACAGUUAGUGGAAUGUCUCAUCAAGCGCCGUACAUCAUUUCCGGUACUGUAACAGGAUCGACCAACAAAGCUUCUGAUUAUCGUUCCGAAAUUACUGUCAACAUUGCGAAGGCAGACUUUUCGUCAAAUGUAUGCUGUGCAAGCACCGCGGCAUACGAAGGGUUCAUGAACGAUGACGAAUGGCAAGAAAUCGCAGUCAAGCCUAUUGCGAAUGAGAUUGAGUUGUAUAAAGCUAAAAGAUACUGUGCUGGUGGAAAGGAUGCGGAGGAGGAACCAAUGCAGAUGAUUUUCAUCGAAGUUCAAGACUGUGACUGGUUGCGAAUCUGUUUUGAUAAGAGCUCAACGUUUUGCGAAAACGAAGGGAAUGCCUUGGAUUUAUACCUCGUUCAUGAAGUUUUUGUUCCUACAGAUUCACAGGAAGCAGUGCAGUUUUCAAUGAGACGCGAAAAAAUGAAGGACUUUGGCGUGUACUUUCUACAGAAUCAGCCGGCUAUAGAAUUAUCUCAUGUUGUUGGGACGUAUCCAUUAGGCUCUUAUCCUAUGCAUUUAAAGUCAUACGCAGAGGUGGGAUAUGACGCGACCAAACUCAAGAUACACGUCCUCAAGGCAAAGUACUGUCGUGCUCGCAUUCACUCUGGUAAAACUGGCGAAGUUGGUGUAGGGAUUAAGAAUUGCCUUGACGUCAAAGGUUGUAAAUGCUUUACCUAUACUACAAAUUGAACUAAUCACAUUGAUGUUUCCGAUUAU